AUACUGUUUACUUAUUUGGUGUUUGCCUGCUCUUUUAAGAUUGCCGGAUCUAAUAGCACAGAUGUCAUACACAUUACUUAAACGUGAAAACAGUGAUAGCACAGAUGUCAUACACAUUACUUAAACGUGAAAACAGUGAUAGCACAGAUGUCAUACACAUUACUUAAACGUGAAAACAGUGAUAGCACAGAUGUCAUACACAUUACUUAAACGUGAAAACAGUGAUCUUAAACGUGAAAACAGUGAUAGCACAGAUGUUAUACACAUUACUUAAACGUGAAAACAGUGAUAGCACAGAUGUCAUACACAUUACUUAAACGUGAAAACAGUGAUCUUAAACGUGAAAACAGUGAUAGCACAGAUGUCAUACACAUUACUUAAACGUGAAAACAGUGAUAGCUGUGUUGAACUUGCGGAACAGUACGUCUUGGGUCGUGUUCCGUGUAUGCUGACAAGGUGCUCGAGGAAGGGGAUAUACGUGCUACUUUGCGUGUUGUUGUACGGCAUCACUUUCCUCGUACUCGCCCCUCUCGCCUGCAUCAGUUUCAAGCACGUGGGGUUGGACGUCAUCUGCUUCCGGAACAAGGCGGCCGGAAACGCGCGUCUCAUUGCCCAAAACCAAGCGCGGCUCAACCGUUCGCUGGUCACCCUGAGGGAAUACUCGCGUAUUGACUCUUACUGUAGAAUGUUUCCGGCGACAUGUAGGAGGAAAAACGCUCAAAUCGCCGACGGGGAGGAAAAGACAGCAGAACGUGACUUGCAAAAUGUUUCCAUCGGAAUGCAACUUAUUCGUAAAACAUUUGCUGGCGGUCUUGCUAUUUCGUUUGUGACAACACGCAGGCGGAGUAAUAUUACGGGUUAUCGCGGACAGUAUCUUAGCCAGUCAGUUGCUAAAAUGUUAAACAUCAUCAAUCAUGGCGAUCGGUUAACCAACGAUGUGCCUAUUUAUUUCAGUAUAUGUAAUGUGGAUCCCCGACUGGAAGUAAAUCCGGAAAUAAGCAACCUUCCAAAGUGGAUCCCCGUGCAUAAAAGGUUUGACGGUAGGAGAAAACUCUCGAUAGAAGAUGCAAGAAGCUCCUACGAAAAAGCAAAGAACGACUACGUGUUCUGUCUUGAACAUACUUUACAAACAAACGCGUCUUAUAUUUUACUGAUGGAGGAUGAUGCGUUAGCUAUGGACAAUCUAUUUCAUGUGCUUAGUCAUUUUAUAUUUUCACUAAGGAAGUUAUCUAGCGAUGAAACUCAUGUUCCAUUGCUAGAUAAGUUGACGUAUUUAAAGUUGUUCUAUCCCGUCCACCUGUCUGGUUACUUUAACGUAGACCCGGAGAGGGUCCCGGAGCUUAUCUCGGUAGCUCUCGUUCUCACUGCAUUGACACUAUGUGCCGUCACCUUCUGUCAACCUAGUCUGCGCGUAUCACCGACGUUUGUGAAGAUUGCGUUUGUAUUUUUCUUACUGGUGGUUGUCAUUAUCGGGAGGUACAACAUUAUAGAACUGCGGAGCGUGUCAGACCGACUGUUCUAUCUGACGCCAGCUCCUCGUGGGUCGGCGGUGGCUGUGCUUUACCCUCGCCAGGGAGCCCUGGAUAUAGCACGAUACCUGCCCUUAUACAGGUGUGAUAAGAGACUCCCCAAGGAUCUAGCUAUGGGGGAAAUAGUCAUCAAACACGGUCUCGAUGCUAGACUUGUGCAACCAAACCUAUUUGAACACAUUGGACAUUAUUCAUCAGUUCACCAAAAGCUUCGCAACCCUUUUGCAACUUAGCGUCUCCAGAAGACUGCCAUAAUAAAGAUUAGAUGUAUGUAGCUGUACUAGAUUCCACAUGACAUGGUUUUAAAUGUGUUCAGCUUGGCAUUUAUUAAUUUAUUUCAUUAUAUAUUACAUGCUAUAUCAAAUGAGCAGUUUUUGAUAUACAAAAUGUGCAUUUUGCACAAUCAAUGGCAUUUAAAAGAAACUCGUCUGCUCAUAGAGAUUGUCUGCCAAAUGGUAUCGAACACUAAACAGUACUUUAUAUACUUAUCAUUUUUUUAUUUCAUAUUCAAUCACAUCUUUUAAAUUGUGUGUUUUUUGUCUUUGUUUUUAUUUAUUUCCAUGGAUUGUCACAGUAAUGCAGAAAAGCAAAACAAUGCAUGUGCCAUGUAAUGACAGUGAACAAAGACGACCACUAUGAGGAACACAAGUACAUUAAAUUAUUUCAUGAUAUAUGAAAUGUGAAAUGAAUGUUAAGAACUAGCAAAUAUGAGUUAUACUAUGUGGGUGUAUACACCUUGCAAUAUUACCCACCGUACCGUUCAAUAGGCUGAUCAUUCAAACAAUGUUGUUAACGUCAUCGCUGUUUAAUUUCCAAUCUUUACUUCUCGUGAAGUUUCAUGGACACACUUGUCAUCUACAGUAUUCCUGUUUCAUGGACACACUUGUCAUCUACAGUAUUCCUGUUUCAUGGACACACUUGUCAUCUACAGUAUUCCUGUUUCAUGGACACACUUGUCAUCUACAGUAUUCCUGUUUCAUGGACACACUUGUCAUCUACAGUAUUCCUUGCUAAUAAUGGAACAACAUAUUCAACUGUUCUUGUUUUAUUAAAAUAUAUGAGCACAUCAUAAACAAUUCACCAACAAAGCACUGAACCGGUCCCAUGUGUUUUUAUGAAGGUAACGUAUAUUUAAGGAAUGAAUUGCGGGGUUGAUGUCAUUAUGGGGGUAU